UCAUAAUAAAAAAAUUUAUAAAUAUUUUAAUUUUGAAUUUGAGUGUUUUUUAAUUAUUAAGAUAUUUAAAUAAUAUAAAUAUUAUUUACAUAUCACAUUUUGAAUUACAAUAAAUUUUGAUAAUUAAUAAACAAAAUAUUAAUAUAAAUUAUUUUAAUUCAUAUAAAAUAAUAAUUUUAUAUAUACAACACAUCUUUCAUAUAUUUUAUUUUAAAAUAUUUACAGUCUAUAACUUACAGCUACAAUAAAUUAAACUACAGCAAAAAUCUCUGCAGAAAAAGUCUACAGUAACAACUUUACAACUACAACCAAUUUAUCUACAGCUAAACAUCUACAGCUAAAUUUUUAAAGCCACAGUCGAACCAAUCAUCACCUAUGGUUCUACUUUAAUUUCCGAAUAUAUGAAUCAUAAGCGAAAAAAAUAUGUAUAUUAAGUUUUUCCUGCGUAAGUAAGUCGCAUAUCCUAACCUAGUAUUUAUUAAAUCACAUCAUUACACACGUCUGUCUUUAUAUUUUCUCCUUUGGGAUUUAUGUACAAACUUUCGUUAAAUAAUGUUUAAUUCAGAAAAUGGAAUAGCAAAAUCUAAGGACAAAUUUUUAAGGGUUUCAAUGCUAGCUUCUUUCUGUUCAAGUUCCACUAUAGACCAUGAGGCAAAAAUACUGCAUUAGUAUAUUUUAUUUAAAAAAAAAUAACUUGGAGAUGCGGUGUAUCGAACCCGGUGCCUCUCACAUUCAAAUUCCACUAUAAAUUGGACUGGGCUGAAGUUUAUAUCAACGAAAUGAGGCCCAAAAUUAACAGUUGGAUGGUUGCUUUCGAAGACCAAAAACGACAAAUUAAGGGAGGACAGUGUUUCACAAACAAAAAAAAAAAAAGAAGGACAGUAGAACAACAUACUUUUUGUCGUCUUCUUCAACUUUUGGAAACUUUAUUCCCAAAAAUAUAUAAAGUAAUAGUGGGGAAGACUUUUUUUAACGCUCGUUUAAAACACAUUAGUCGGUCCAUAUGCUUACCAAAAAGUCAUUGAUAGUACAAUAAAAUGAAUUAUAUUAAAAUAAUUUCACUAAUAAAUGUAUGCCGAAGAUUUUUGUUUUUUUUUUCCACGGCUUGGUUAAUUGCAUUCUUUUUCCAUCCAAAACAUAGCGGGAAAAAAUAAUUAGUGGAAUGAAAAAAAUAAAAAUAAUUAGUAAACUGUUCUUCAACAUAAACCAAAUCGCUAGAGAGAGAAAAAGAGAGAGAGAAGAGAGAGAAGAAAAGUAGAUCUCCUUGUGGUUCCGGUGAGCGGCCGGCGCGUCUGCGCGCGUGCCGUCGCCGGAACCGCGGUUUCUGUCGUAUAAAAGCUUUGUUAAGGCAUCUCCUUCGUAUCCCCCCCCAUUUUCGCCUUGUCCGACCUCUGGCUCCGGCCUAAUCCAUGGUGCAUGGUGGUCGUUUGUGUGGAGUUAGGACGCGGUAGUGGGAAGGUUCUCGAUGGAGGAGAGGCGGCUCGUUUAGAUCAAGGUUAGAUUCCGGGAGGUGGAGGCUCUUUUUGCUCCGCCGCCGUCGGUUCUGUUUUCGGGAGGGGGAGGCUUACCUAGCUCCGUCGUCGCCGUCUUGUCUCCGGAGGGUGGAGGCUACAGUAGCUCCAUGCUGCCGGUUUGGUACCCGUAGAAAAUUUGGGUGUUAGCGGUGAAAGUUCGGUUAGGGUUUUGUUCUUGUCGGCUCGGGUGGAAUCGAGAUAGUGCGGAUGAGAUCUUAGGAGAAGAUGAAGCUCUCCGUCUAUGAGACCGCCGACAAGAGAAGUUAGCUGUGGGUGUGGUGUGAGAAGAGUGGGUGGUCCGGAUGAGAGCGCGGUUUGUCCGAUGACGCUUUCGGUGGAGGACCACCGGGAAGGAAGGUGUUUUGUUGCGGGGUAUGAGAUCCGGCGAAACGAAGCACGGUUAGAUAGCUCCGACGGCGUCCCGAGGCGGAGACGGUCAGGUAGAGACGGUGUGCGACGCGUGUCGAUCCGAUGGCACAGAUGCUUCCACGUGUUCAGCAGCCAGUCUCCUUGACGCGUUUGAUCCAGCCGACGUCGGUUUGGGCUUGAUUGGUUUGGGCCGCGGUCCGUUUAUAGCGGUUAGACUGUAGCUGGUUUGGCUUUUGGGCUUCGUGCCUUUUGUUUAAGUGUUUGGGCUUCGGAUUUUGUAAUUUGGGCUUGGCCCGGUAUCAUUAAUCUAUAUAAAAAUCUUGACGGGAAAAAAAAAAAUUAGUAAACUGUUCUUUUAUUUAUGUUUGAAUAUUAAAUAUGAAAUCAAAUAUGAAGACAAAAAAAUUCGUAAGAAGUGGAAAACGAGAGGCACACGUAUCGAAAAGACAAAAUAGAUAACGACAAAACUUAAGAAAGCCCUCAAAUAAACACGCCAAUCAUAUAUGGCGUGUUCUGCUAGUAUUCUCCUCUUUUAUUUUUGAUUGUUUAGCUGCCUCCGUUAACUUCUUUUUUUGAAACACAAACUGCCCUUGUUUGACAAAAAAAAAAAAAAACACAAACUGCCCCCGUUAACAUUUUGGUUCUUUAUACAUAAAUUCACAGCUGUGAUUUGAAUAUAUACCGUAAAAUUAUAAGGUCAUAAACUAACUGUAAAUAUAAAACGCACAGUGCUCAAGUUAUGAACUGAAUACUGCAUACCAGGUUUUAAACUCAUCUUAUUAAUAACUAAACGAGAACAACACAACUCUUUUGGCGCCACAUGCCAUGGCGUUGGUCGCACGCUGGUUAGUUUCUUUUGCCAUCUUCCCUUAACUAAUUUUGUUUUUAUUAAGAUCUGCAUUCACGUUUUUAUAAUAAUAAAAGAACCAAAACCCCAAACAAUCUCUCUCUGUCCUUCACCUAAUUAUAAGUCACAACCAUCAAUUUAUUAAAAAGAUCUUUAAUUUUUUUCUUUAAGUAGUUCAAAUCUGCAUUGCCAUACGUUUUAUAUAUCUACAUUUUGACACCCUACACUUAAUUCUAUAAAAUAUACACAUUAGAUGAUGUGUGAUCUUUUGAUGAGAACUUUUAUUCUCUUGACUUGAAUUUUGCUUACAAAUUGUCGUUGUUCUAGUGAAAAAGUCGUUUCCAUCACCUAAAUUGUGCCAAACAAAAAAGUAUACACUAGUUCUUUUCUCCACUGAGUGUAUAGUUAUGAUGGAUAAUAAUAUAGUAACAUAUAAGAAAUAGUGGUAUGUAAUAGAAAGAUUACUAGGUGAAAGCAAAACAACAGUUUAGAUAUUCGUGAAAUUAUAGCAUAGAUAUGCAAAUCAUUGUAGAUCAAUUACAAUUUCACAAAAUGACAGAAACUAUAUAUUGAUCUUAAAACAUACAUAGACACAUAAUCUCUCUGCCAACUCAUGCGAGGGAUAGGAUUAUUAAUGAAAAACAUAAAAUAAUGAAGGAUUGUAUUUUUCAGAACUAAAAAUGAAAUGUCGGAAAGUAUUUAAACAUAUCCGUAGAUUAUAAUAGUAAGGAAAAAAAAUAGGGGGUCAAAAGGAGCAAUUAUGAGAGAGCGUGUCGUGCCAACAAGCCAAUCCUCUCUCUAUCUCUCUUCACAUGAUACCAUGGCCAAUCUGCUACUUGUUUUUACAAAUUACAAUUAAUACUAUAUUUUAUUAUUAUAAUUGAGAAUUACUAAAUUACCUUAUCGCUGUCAGUCGACAAUGAAAAAAAGCGAAGAGAAUAAGUAAAUACGAAAAUAGAAAAAUUGAGGGGGAAAAGUGGAUAGUCGUCAGGGACCCACAGAUGGAAAGAGUAUAACUCGGUCGUCCGGUCCAUUCGUCACCGUCCGAUGUGUUAUUUAUUUCUAGUCUCUCACCUUUGACCAUAUCUCUUUGCUCUCUUGGUAGUAGGAAAGAAGAGCUCUGUACUUGUUGUUAUCUCUCUGCCUCCUCUUUUUUAUCUCCAUAGUCUCUUCCUCUGUUGCUAGCUAGUUUUUGCGAUGGCUGCUGGAAACGAAGUCAACCUUAACGAAUGCAAGAGAAUAGUCCCACUCAACACAUGGGUCCUCAUUUCCAACUUCAAGCUCGCUUACACCCUCCUCCGCCGUCCCGACGGCUCCUUCAACCGUCACCUCGCCGAGUUUCUCGACCGCAAAGUCCCCCCCAACUCUUUCCCCCUCGACGGCGUUUUCUCCUUCGACCACCUCGACUCCUCCACCAACCUUCUCACCAGAAUCUACCUCCCUGCUCCCCUCGACCCCUCCCGCUACGGCGCCGUCGACCUCACGGAGCCUCUCAGCACCACCGAGAUCGUCCCCGUUCUCGUCUUCUUCCACGGCGGUAGCUUCACUCACUCCUCCGCCAACAGCGCCAUCUACGACACUCUCUGCCGACGGUUAGUGACCAUAUGCGGCGUUGUUGUUGUCUCUGUUGAUUACCGGAGGUCGCCGGAGCAUCGUUACCCUUGUGCUUACGACGACGGAUGGAACGCUCUCAAAUGGGUCAAGUCCAGAAUCUGGCUUCGGAGUGGUAAAGACUCUGAUGUUUAUGUUUACUUGGCUGGUGACAGCUCUGGAGGCAACAUAGCUCAUAAUGUUGCUGUCAGGGCGACCAACGAAGGAGUUAAAGUGUUGGGGAACAUUCUUCUUCACCCUAUGUUUGGUGGGGUAGAGAGGACUCAGUCUGAGAAGAGACUUGACGGUAAAUACUUUGUUACUGUUCAAGAUCGAGAUUGGUAUUGGAGGGCUUUUUUACCUCAGGGUGAAGAUAGAGAUCAUCCGGCUUGUAAUCCCUUUGGUCCUCGAGGACAAUGCCUUGAAGGAGUCAAGUUUCCCAAGAGUCUUGUCGUUGUGGCUGGUUUAGAUCUUGUUCAGGAUUGGCAGUUGGCUUAUGUCGAUGGGCUUAAGAAGACUGGUCAGGAUGUUAACCUUUUGUAUUUGAAGCAGGCUACCAUUGGGUUUUACUUCUUGCCUAACAAUGAUCACUUCCGUUGUCUUAUGGACGAGUUGAAAAAGUUUGUGCACUCGAUAGAGGAUGAUAGUCUAAGCAAGUCAUGUCCUAUUCUUCUGACUCCAUAGCAACAUGAAUAUAUGUCUGCUCUAUGUUGAUGUUCUAUACAUGAAGAGAAGAAGAAGAAGAGGAUUGGAUGCUCGGUUUGUUUUGAGUACUUAGCUAUUGUGUAGUGCUCACUGCUUAGUCACGUUUUUUGUGUCUUCAUUAGUCUAGGCUUAUUGUGAGAUUUUGUUGGUUGCGCCGGAAGCAAAAACCAAUUCUGUUAUCGGCAUGUAUCGGUUUAGGGAUAAACCGGGGAAUGGUACUUUGCUUGGUAGUAUAGGAGAUAGUCUUUAGUUGGCUCUUGAGUAUAGGGUAAAACUUGUCCUUGGCAUGGAUUUGUAUGUUUAUACUUUAUAUUAACCUUUUUGUCUUCCAUGCUUUUAAUAAAAAGAGCAUGUCUUUGUGGUUCUAGUUUUUUCACCAUGUUCUCGUUUUGUUUAACUCAUGCAUUGAAGUUUUUUGCCUUACCAUGCACAAUUUUUUUUUUUAAAUACCCCUUUAAGGUUUUCCAAUUUCGAACCCAUUCAAGCAUUUGCUCUGCCUUUGCUAUAACUGUAACAUAAUAAAGGUCUAAGAGAAAACCCUAGGGAGACAUAUUGCAAUGGCGUUUGACUGAGUAAUAAAGAAAGAAGGUAGAUGAAAUGAAUGUGAUAGAAGAAAAAGACAAGUGUUGUGUGUGCAUUUGAGGCAAAAGCUUCACAAUGCCAAAACCAAACCCCAUCCACCCAUAUGAUAGAAAAAAGCUUACACAACCAAAUUUAAUAUAUAUAUUAAAAUAAUGUU